UUAAAAGCGUCUCACUUCCGCCGGAUGUUGUGCAGGUUCACGGCGUGUCAUGGCGGCGUGUAGGACGCUUCUGAGUCGAGGCGUGUUAACGCUUGGGCUUCAUUAUCAGCGUGUGUGCAGAAGUGUCCUGGUCACACAGAGCAGGGAGAAGAAGCGAUGGAUGAAGUCUUACACACUGCUCAUGGAGAGGAAGAGGAGACUCCAAGGACCUCCAACACCGAGCCCACGCUCUCAGCAGCCUAACUGGGACUAUCACGCUGAGGUGGAGGCGUUCAGCGCCCGGCUGAAUGAACGUUUCUCCACAGACCUCCUGAAGACGGCGUUUGUGAACCCCUGCUACAUUCGCUCCGAGGAGGAGAGACGCCGCUCGUUGGGUGUAGAUGCUGAGAGCACAGCAUUAAACCUCAGAGACAACACGGAGCUGCAGGAACACGGGCGUAAAUUCACACUGGUUUUCCUCAGUGACUGGUGCAGGAACAGCUUCCCCAGUUUGCCGGAAGACGGCGUAGCGGCCAUCGUGAGUCAUCUGACCGGGUCGGAGGUCAUGUGCCAUGUGGCUCUGAACCUGGCGGUGGAGGAGCUGGCGAUGACGGCGGAGUUUCCUGUUCCAGAUGACGUGCUUCAGGCGACGUUCUUCGCUGUAAUUGGUGCGCUGGAGCAGAGCAGCGGCUCAGGGAGGGCGGGGCUUUUCAUCAGGGACUUCCUCGUGACACAGCUAAUAGGGAAGGACCUGUUUGACAUGUGGAAGGUGUCGAACCCUAUGGGGUUGUUGGUGGACGAGCUGAGUCGGAGAGGAGCUUCACUCCCUGAGCCACGCCUCCUUCAGUCCUCAGGAGCCAGCACAGUCCUCCCACUUUACUUCGUCGGCCUUUACUGUGAUAAGAGGCUGCUGGCUCAUGGUCCUGGUGAGACUCUAUCAGCUGCAGAGGACGAGGCAGCACGCGUGGCUCUGAGGAAACUCUUCAGCUACACAGAAAACCGUAAACCGUUCGACUUCUACACAAAACAAGAGCAGCCUGAAACAUCAGCAGUGAACAAGGCGAUUAACAGAGGAUAAACACUCACAAACACACACACAUACACACACACAUGUCUUUCACCAGGUGGUUAACAUCUGUCUCGUUAAGUCUCUUCACUCAAACACACGAGUAAAUUUGAACAGUUCUGCAGCAAGACGUGUGAAAUGUUCCUCCAGCUGGUCUAAUGAAAUCAGGCCAAAAACAACACUGGAGUGUAAAUGUUUUUUUACUGAAAUAAUUAAAUAAAUGUUUCUUCACUUAAGAA